AUGGCGGCGGUGCUGCUGAUAUGGGGCGCUGUGACGAUCCGGGAGCGUAUCGAGAAGGCGGCGGAGGAGAAGAGGGCGAAGAAGGAGAGGGAUGCGAUGCGGUAUGCCGAGUUGCAGGAGGAGACGGAGAGGAGGUUGAGUCUUAGGAGGAGCGAGAGUGGGAAUCAUACUGUGGUUGGGAAGGUCGUCGAUGCUGAAGAAGAAGAGGAGGAGGAUGAUAGAUGGUGGGAGGAGCCCUCGAUGCGAGUGCCGGUCCAUGAGCCCCAGUCUCAACCUCCUGCGGCGGCACGUAGUGGUGGCGUUGAGGUCAGGCGGGAAAGAGAGGAUGCGAUAACUGAGAAGAAGAGUUCGCGUCGGAGACGAGGGAUUAAGAACUUCUUGCGGCCGACACCUGCGUAG